AUGUCGGAAUCAUCAGUCUCAACUCUCCGAGACACUCUCCUCCGGUUAUCGAAUUCAAUCGCAAACUCUCUCGCCACAACUCCAUACACUUCUCACAAAACCUCCAACAUCUCCGUCAAAGCCUUUCUCGAACCCCUUCUCACUUCCACAAAUUCCACCAUCAAUGCUUCCAUCAAAGACUUCGCUCUAGCAUGUGCUUUGUUAUCCUCUUCCACACACGCCAAUUCAGAGUUUCUCUCAUGGAUCCCCGAUCACCUUUCCUCCCUUGCAACUGCUUCCUUUUUCAGGCUCUCCCAAGCGUACCUCACAGUCUUCGAUGAUAGGAACUCUCAAAAGGUGGAAGAGUUCGGUUUGGAUUGUAAUUUGGUUCCUGUACAUAAGAGGUUGCUUCUGGAAUUGUUGCCUGAAGUACUUCCUUUUCUGAAAGAUGGAAUUAAGGAGAGUGCAAUUGAUAAGUCUGAGGAGAGUGAUGAGUUCUCUGCUGCGUCUGCUAGAAUUCCCAUUGGGUUUGCGAUUCUUGCUGCUCAUCAGCUUAGAUGGUUUAUUACUCAGAUUGAUUAUCCUCAUUAG